AUGUCUUCAUCUGCGUCGCCCUUAACACUGGUUUUAGAACCUGCAAAUGAUACUUUUAACACAAAGAGAAUAAAACUUAGCAAUGCACCAGUCAAGAUAGGGCGUACGACUAAUAGGCAUUCCACUCCAUUAGAAUCCAAUGGUUUUUUUGAUAGCAAGGUACUAUCAAGAACCCAUGCUGAAGUUUGGUGUGAUAAUGGCAGAUCUAGUAAUGGUACAUUUGUCAAUGGAAGAUGCAUAGGUGCUGAAAACAACGAAGGUGAUCCGGUUGAACUAAGGAAUCAUGACAAUCUGGAAUUUGGUAUUGAUAUAAUCAAUGAACAAGAUCAUAGACUUAUGUUUAGAAAAGUGGCUGCUGUGGUAUACAUUAAUUCUCCGAAUGGCGAGACAUCUAGUGGGCAUGUGAUUAAAAAUAGUUCUAGUUUUAAACGUAGACCUGGGCGACUUUCCAUUUUCGAUGAUUCUGAAGGCUCUAUAUACGCGUCUUUGGAAUCUGAAUUGCAUUGUGCGCGUGACGAAAAUCGCCGUUUGGCCGAAAUAAGCAAUAUUCUAAAUGAUAUGGGUAACAAAUUUGAAAACAAGAACAACAGAACAUUAUUUGAUGAUAAAUCCUCGCUUCUCCGCAAAAUCGAAGAGGCUGAGGCAAAAUUAUACGCUCAUUUGGAAAAGUGCGAACCAGAAAAGACUGCUAUUACAGCUGAUUUUACAAGGCAACUCGAACAUGCUGCUUUUAUACAGAACGAGUAUGAUGAAAAACUUCAAUUAUAUGAAAAGAAAGUUAGUCAACUUGAAGAUAAUUUAAAAACUUUAAAAUCUCAAAAUUCUGCUUCUGAAGUAGAUGAUUUAAAGCAACAUGUACAAGAAUUAACUCAACUUCUUGAAUAUACUCAAGAUCAGUUACAAAGUGAACAAAUUCUUCAUUCUGAUCAAGAAGAAAAAUUACAAUGUCAAAUAGCUGAAAUGAUAUCUCAAUUAAAUUCUUCUCGUGAAAAGCUCGAUGAAUUACAACAUUUACAUGGUUCAGAAGUUGUUGAUUUAAACCAGAAAAUAAAUGAUUCAAUGACUCAGUUACAUGAUGCUCGUAGUGAACUUGAGAAUCUUCAAAUUUUACAUUCCUCUGAUGUAGAUAAAUUCAACAAUCAAAUAAAUGAACUUGUAUCACAAUUAGAUAACACAAAAAAUGACCUUGAAAGCGCUCAAAAUAGAUACAAAGCCGAGAUUGAAGCUCUUCAAAUGAAUUCAAAAAAUCUUAAUUUUGAUCAAUCUGAUGCAUACAUUGAGCUCGAUACAAAAUAUAAAAGUAUUGUCUCAGAACUUUGUGAAUUAAAGUUAAAAUAUAAACAAACUGUUGAAGGACAUGAAGAUUUUGUGUCUAAACUCAAUGAUAAACUCAAUGAUAAACUCAAUGAGGAACAUGCGAUUAUCAUUGCUUCAAAAGAUGAUCAAAUCAAUAAACUUAAAGAUGAACGUACCGAUUUAUCAAAUCAAUUUUCAAACUUUAAAGAAGAAACUCGUAAUACGCUGGAUGCUGUUAAACAACAGCUCGUAGAUACUCAGAAUGAAAUCACUCGUCUUGUAAGCGAAAAUAAGAUUUUAUCUCUAACUAAUUCCGAUUAUCUUAAAAAAAUUUCUACUCUUGAAACUUGUUUGAAAGAUACAAAAGAUACAAAGGGUAAUGAUAUUGAACUUCUUAGAGUAGAAAAUGAAAAUUUAAAGUUAGAAAAUGCAAAAAUAAAAGCGGAAUUUUGUCGUUGGAAAAAUGAGAAUCAAUCGGAAAUUGAUAAAUUAGUUAGAGAGGAAGUUUCUAAACGUCUUGGUGCUGAAUCUUCAAAGAGUGCUGUAUAUCGUCGUCAUCACAAACAAGAAUCUACUAUUAAAGAUUCUGAGUGGACCGAUUCCGAAAAUGUCGAAGAAAGAUCGCGUAGUGUAGCUGAAACAUCGAAAAGAAAAAAGGAUAAUUUUAGAUCACUAUAUAUCACGGGAACAAUCAGUAUUAUUGCUGUCAGCUUUGGUAUAUAUUUCUUUCACAAACUACAAAAAUGA